AUGAUGAUGAUGCAACAACGCUUCAUUCCGCUCCAGGCCAGCCACACAAAGAUGAACCAUAAUAUUAAUGUACGGGAGGAUGACAUUUUGGAGGUGGUCACUGAUCUGCGGUCAUGGGAUGAUGACCACAAGGUUGCCAUCAUUAACAAUUACGGUGCUUGCGGUAGCAAUGCGUCCAUGAUUGUCGCCCAAGCGAAGGAGCCGUCGAGUGGCAUAUCGAGAAGCCCCGAUGAGAACCGUCAAUAUCCCUUUUGGAUUCCUGGUAUUGAUUCUCGGGCCAUCACAGCUUACUGCACGAAACUAGCCUCUCUAACCUUGCUGCAGGGGGGCGGAGGUUCUGACCUAGACGCUGCUGGUAUCACUAAAGUCAAGGCUGAGAGGCCGGUCAUUCUGUGCUUUGGCGGCCAGGUUUCACUAUUCGUUAGGCUGGACCGUAAGCUUUACGACAGUAUAACCAUCUUUCGCCAGCAUCCGGAUCGUGUUGACUCGGUGGUGACGUCUCUAGGUGAACCGAGCAUCUUCCCAGACAUUUUCUCGCGCGAGCCUGUCCAGAAUCCCGUCAAGCUACAAACUAUGUUGUUUGCAAUGCAAAUUGCAGCAGUUGUUGGCCAUUCUUUUGGUGAGAUUACUGCUCUAUGCGUGGCUGGUGUGUUGAAACUACAAGAUACCGUCCGGCUCGUCAUAGAGAGGGCCAAGCUGGUGCGCGGUUCGUGGGAACCUGAAUCGGGAGCAAUGAUGGCUGUUGAGGCCGACGAGUCGGUUGUCCACGAGCUUGUACAAGAGGCAAAUCGCACCCCUAAUUCAGACGGCUCAGUUAGCAUUGCGUGCUACAACGGUCCGCGCAGCUUCACGCUAGCUGGAACCACGGCGGCAGUAGACGCAGUACAACUCCUUAUCCACGGCAAAUUUCCCCAUAUCAGGAGCAAACGACUCAGUAUGACCAACGCAUUCCAUUCCAAGCUUGUUGAGAAGUUGGCGGAAGGCUUGGGACAGAUUGGCAAGGGAAUAGAAUUCCAACCGCCUGUCGUCCCAAUCGAACGCGCCACAGAAGAGGCGAGCAAUGGCCAGUUGGAUUGGACAUAUUCCCCAACACAUGCGCCGGCCUAUCUUUUUCAACCAUGCAGUGCAGCGCCUGUCUAA